CCCUGACCUCACACUACAGUCUCAUAGUCAAGAUCUUUAACAGAGCUGUAGUUGGCCAUAGCAGGUCUCAGCAUUAAGUCUCCUUUUCCUCAUCUAGAGGAUUUUAAGUUAGUUUCACUUUCCAGUUUCCUCUUCCCUUUCACAAAGAUAGUUCCUCAGAAACGGAAAGAAAGCAUCAGCUGCUGCAGUCCUCCCCCACUGUCCCUUUAUAUAGUCCCUUGGGUGUCUACCUGAGGCAAACUGGGAAGAUUUCUGAAGAACAGUUCAGCUUGGUCCCCAGCUUUUCAGAGCAGCCCAGAAGCAGACCACCACCAUGAGUGAAGUCACCAGGAAUUCCCUGGAAGAUAGCCUUCUACAGCUGAAGUGCCAUUUUACGUGGAACUUAUUCAAAGAAGGAAGUAUCUCAAGUCAUACAGAAGAUAGAAUACGGAACCAGAUUGAAUUUUUAAACACUGAGUUCAAAGCUACGAUGUACAACUUGCUGGCCUACAUAAAACACCUAGAGGGUGAAAAUGAGGCAGCCUUGGAAUGCUUAAAGAAAGCUGAAGACUUACUGAAGUCAAAGCAAGAUGAGAAAGCAGAAAUUAGAAGUCUGGUCACCUUGGGAAACUAUGCCUGGGUUUACUAUCACAUGGGAAACCCCUCAAUGGCUCAGGCUUAUGUUGAUGAGGUGACACAGGUCUGUAAGAAGUUUGCAAAUCCUUACAGCAUGGAGUGCCCUGAACUUGACUGUGAGGAAGGAUGGACACGUCUAAAGUGUGGAAGAAAUGAAAGAGCUAAGAUGUGUUUUGAGAAGGCUCUAGAAGGGAAACCUGACAACCCAGAGUUCUCCUCUGGCCUGGCAAUUGCCACAUACCGUCUGGAUGAAAAACCCCAGAAGCAAUUUCCUGUCGAUGCUCUGAAGCAGGCCAUGGAGCUGGAUUCUGAGAACCAGUACUUCAAAGUUCUCUUGGCCCUGAAACUUCAGAAGAUGAAAGAAGCAGCUGAAGGAGAACGAUUAAUUGAGGAUGCCUUGGUGAAGGCGCCGGGCCAAACGGACAUCCUUCGAAAUGCAGCACAGUUUUACAAAAAGAAGGGCAACCUGGACAGAGCUAUCGAGCUCUUUCUGAGGGCACUGGGGUCCACAGCAAACAAUAGCCACGUCUACUACCAUCUCCUGAGCUGCUACAGGACAAAAGUGGAGCAAACUCACAACACACAAGCUGAAGCCAGCGAAAGCAAAGACAGGAUUGAACUGAGGAAACUGACUCUGGACUCUAUGAACAAAGCUCUGGAGAGGAAGCCAAGCCCUCUGAACUCAUACUCGGAUCUUACUGAGUUUCUAGAAGUAGAGAAAUGUUAUCGGAUUGCCUUCGGUAAGGAGAGCCCUCAUGCUGAGGCGCAGCAACUCUACGAGCGCUACCGCAACCUUCUAGAGUGCCACAGGAAGUCUGAGGAGCUUAAGGCCCUACGCUUUUUAAAGCAGUUUCCCAUAAGCGAAACAUCAGCUGAGAAAGCAAAAGUGAAACACAAGGCACAGAAGGCCCCUGAACACCCGCAUCAGCAAACCACACCGAAGUAUCACUGCUCCGGGGAAUAAGCCACAAGCUGAAUGGAGGCACACCCUUUGAGACACGGGAGACCUUUUCCUGCCAGCAUUUGAGCCUGAGGCCAGCGGGGAGGAAGAGCCAGGGGUACAGUCUUCUCCACCCUCAAGGAGCUUCCCCACACUGCACUGUUGGAGAAGAGGGAGAGAGGGACACAGAGUACUGUUGAUGGUGGUUAUGAGAGAGAGGGCAGCGCCUCCAACCUGGUGUCCCUGAGUAGGCUGGCCUUACUGCUUUAAAGCACGCUUUUAAAGAGUUGUUUUCUCAUGCUCUCUCUCUGCUCUGUCCAUCUCAACCACACAGUUUUCUGGUCAUCAGGUCUUGUCACUAGCCUCUAGUGGAGGCAUGGCUUCGGACUCACGUGGCACCAAUUUGUCCCCAGUUUGCACUCAGUUCACCAUAUGAUCACUCUUUCUGCCUUUCUUGCCAAUUUUAGUGUGUAUUGAUUGCCAUCAAACUAUUCCAUCUCCAUCUGGCCUCUUGGGCUGGAGGAUUAGCUUUUUUUGCCUAACCCUACAAUAUUCCUUUCAUUUUCUUCUUGGAAUCCACCAAGUAUUUUGUGCAUGUUCCUGACAGUGAUUGUCCUAGUUUGUUCUUUAUUGCUGUGACAAAAUACUCUAAUACCAACUUGGGGAGGAAAAGGUUUAUUUGUCUUACAUCUCCCAGGUCACAGUUCA